AUGCCAGAGCUGUUGUACAAGGCUUACAUUGACUAUGAGAUAUUAGAAGAUGAAUAUGAGAGAACAAGACAACUCUAUGAGAGGUUACUUGAUCGAACAAAGUACUUGAAGGUAUGGAUUAGUUAUGCCCAGUUUGAGGCUUCAGCUGACAUGAAAGAUGAAGAGAUAGAGCUGUUGUGCAAGGCUUACAUUGACUCUGAGAUAUCAGGGGAUGAAUACGAGAGAACAACACAACUCUAUGAGAGGUUACUUGAUCGAACAAAGUACUUGAAGAUAAUUGAGAUAGAGCAUGCUGGAGCAAUAUUUGAACUUGCAAUUGCUCAACCUACAUUGGACAUACCAGAACUGUUGUGCAAGACUUACAUUGACUACGAGAUAUCAAGAGGUGAAUACGAGAGAACAAGUCAACCUUAUGAGAGAUCAUUAAGUGAGAUGGAGCGUGCUCGAGCAAUAUUUGAACUUGUGAUUGCUCAACCUACAUUGGACAUGCCAGAGCUAUUGUACAAGGUUUACAUUGACAACGAGAUAUUAGGAGGUAAAUACGAGAGAACAAGACAACUCUACGAGAGGUUACUUGAUCGAACAAAGCAUUGUUAUAUGAAAUAUGCCGAAUUGAAAAGAUCAUUAAGUGAGAUAGAGCGUACUCGAGUAAUAUUUGAACUUACGAUUAUUCAACCAACAUUGGACAUGCCAGAGCUAUUGUGCAAGGCUUACAUUGACUAUGAGAUAUUAGGAGGUGAAUACGAGAGAACAAGAUAA